AUGACCCGGGCUGGCCACCCGCGUUGCCAUGAGUGCUCAAUGGCCUUUUGCAAGCGCCAAGUCGAGACGAGGAUCGUGGAAGCCGUCCCGGUGUCUGGCAUGAUCCUGCCAAUCUCUCAUCAACUCCCUGCUGCAUUGCGCGCCAUCCCCGACGAGAUGACCCAUGCUUCUAGGUUGAGAGAGAACAACAUCAUCCGCAAAGGGCUGAUCACCAAUGAAACGACGCCUUUGCAAGUUGGAAACGGUAACUUUGCAUUCAAUGUUGAUACGACUGGAAUGCAAACAUACCUCCCUUUCAACACAAUGUCACGCUGGGCAUGGCAUAAUGACACUGAACCAGCUGGAGAGCCAGUGGACGCAUACACCGGCGUGCCUAAAGAGACGCAUGGUAGAAACGUUUCUUAUGAUCUACCCAACCCAAAUCUUCCUGAUGUUUCUCAAUGGCUCAUUGGAAACCCCAAUCGUAUCAAUCUUGGACGUAUUGGACUGCGAUUCAAAGACGAUACGCUGUCAUCAGGCAGUAUAUCCAAUACCCACCAGGAGCUAGACCUCUGGCAUGGAGCCAUCACAUCAACUUUCACGAUCGAUGAUACUAAAGUCAAGGUUGUGACCCAAGGAGACUUUGAGUCAGAUGCAGUUGUUUUCACCAUUGACUCAGAAUUGAUCGAGUCGGGAAAGCUCGAGGUCGAGCUCGACUUUCCAUACCCUCCAAUCCAUACAACAAAGUACAAGAACGAAGUCUUUGUUGGUGUCUAUGACUUCCCUACGAAUCAUUCAACAAAGCUCUCAACGAACCUGAAACAUAAUACAGCGCACAUCUAUCACGACUUGGGUACCAAUUACUACGUGAACCUUCGUUGGCCCAAGGAGCAUUCAUUGGAAUUGAAGCGCCUCGAGUUGCAGGGCUCUACCAAACCCACAGCUCAUCGAUAUGUCCUUUCAUCAAGGCAUGGGAAGACCAUUGCUUUCGUGGCACACUUCUCUCCAGAUAAGAGAGUACCUGACCUGCCAUCUACUAUUGAUAGGCGUAAUAGAGCUGGAUGGCAAGACUACUGGAGACAAGGGGGUUUUGUGGAUUUGACCGAGUCUACGAACCCCAACGCUACUGAGCUACAACGUCGAAUCGUUACCUCCCAAUACCAUGUCAGAGUUAACAGUGCUGCCGAUGGUGAGUCUCCACAAGAGAGCGGCCUGAUGAACAACGGUUGUAAUUUGCUGACCAAGACAGGCAAGUUUCACAUGGAGAUGGUUGUAUGGCACAGCGCCCACUGGAUCUCAUGGGGCCGAGAUCGAUACUUCCACAAUAUCUUCCCUGCGCUUUACGAGAAGCUUCUGCCUACAUCACUCGCCAGGGCGAAGAAAAUGGGAUGGGAGGGAGCGCGCUGGCCAAAGAUGACCGAAACCACUACCGGUCGAAGUUCACCUGGCGGAAUCAACGCGUAUCUGAUGUGGCAGCAGCCGCACCCAAUGUACAUGGCUAUGCUUGCUUUCAAGAGUAAGCCCACGAAGAAGACGUUGAAGCGCUGGGAUCCGAUCUUGGAGGCAACUGCGGAUUAUAUGGCAUCCUAUGCAUGGUUCAACCAGUCGUCUGGCAGAUAUGAUCUGGGUCCACCUGCGAUCGGCGUCACUGAAAACACUCCCCCGGAAAACACGCUCAAUCUUGCCUACGAAGUCGCGUACUGGAGAUACGGCCUCGACGUCGCCUGCGAGUGGAAGAAGAAACUCGGCUUCCCUGUACCUAAGCACUGGGCGACUGUUGCAAAGAGCCUGGCUAAGCCACCUCAGAUCGGCGGACUGUACACAGUCUACGACGGUCUCAACUUGACUUGGUGGGACGAUCCGGCACUCAACCGAGACCCGAGAAGUUUGGUCAUGCUACAAGGUAUUUUACCCGACACACCGGCAGUGGACAAAGAGGUAGCGCGACGAACGGCGGAUAAGGUCUGGGAAGUCUGGACUGACCAAAACAUUCGAGGAUGGGGGCGGCCUGUACUAGCGAUCAACUCGGCUCGCAUUGGGAAGCCUGAGCGCGCAAUAUAUCACUUGACAGCAUAUGAUUAUUGGAAGUUUGAUGACGCAGGAUUUGCCAUUCGUGGUGGUGACGGAAACACACCACCUCCAUUUAUGCCUGGCAAUGCUGGGUUCUUGUUAGCCGUGGCCUACAUGGCUGAAGGAUGGGAUGGGUCGAAACGCGAUACGCCUGGGUUUCCCCAAGAUGACGGAUGGGUAGUAAAGCAUGAGGGACUUCGCAAGGCGCUGUGA